AUGUCCACAGCAGAGAUUGGAGACUUGAUUGAGUUUGUGAACAUGUGGCUGGGAUUGUCUCUUUGGGGUGUUUAUGUUGGAGAGGGCCAUGUUAUCCAUUUUGGGGUGGGAGAUGAGAACAUGACACAGAAAGCCUGCCGCAGCUUCCUUCAACAAAUGGUUCCAAACUCGAAUGGUGAUCAUCUUCUGAAGAAGACCAGAAUCUGCAUGCAGCCUAUUACGGAUAUCAAAGUACCUAUAGGCACUCAAAUCAGGGUCAACAACAACAAACACAAUCUGGUUCCAUCGCCACAGGAGACGAUGAGGCAUCGCUAUGAAACUUUUCUGCACCAGGAGUUCAAAUACGACCUGAUGAACUUCAACAGUGAGCAUUUUGCCACAUUUGUUCGAUACGGCCACGCUGUGUGCACCCAGAUUCCCUUUAAGAAAAACAAUGAAGUGCAUCUGGAUACAACUCAGACUCUGCAAAUGAUAAUGCAGCAGCGGAUGGAGACAGAAACUUGA